ACGGCGCGCUCCUCUCCGUUUCCAAGAAAUUCCCGGCGGUCGCUUCGCCGGAAACAUGGGCUUUGAUGCUCGAAUCCCGACCCUCCUGCUAGUUUAAUUCAAACAAUAAUAAAUAAAGAAAUUCCUUCACGUUAGGAUUUCCCGCCGAAAUCGCGAUGUCGAAGAGGAGGCUAUCUACAGCACCUAUCUCGCUGGAGUGAUGCCGAUCGAGCUCUGAAACCGCAAAGCAUGGAUCUGACUGAUAUAAAGCGAUAUCUUGUUGUUAUCGGCAGAAGGAAUCCUGCACCGAUCUCACUGGAGUAGUCGAGCUCCGUUCAUGGCAGAUUUAUCUCAGUUCGAUCUCGCGCCGUGCAACCCAUAUGGUCGGCAUUUUGAAGAAAGUAGGUCUAUUCUAUAAAGCAGUAUCUUCGUUAAGCGGCGAAGUCGAGAUGUCCUUUGUCCUUCUGAUCGAAAAUCGAAAAUUUAUAUAGAGCAGCUGUUCGCUGUGGAGAUAAGAGUUGCUGCUGCGUCGCUGCGCACAAGCUGAGCAGUUAGGCUGAUAAUGAUGCCGCUGUCAAAAGCAAGGAACUGCUAGCUGACACCUCUUUAUCGAGCAUAAAACAAGCCCUUCUUUUUCUUACCCUCUCUGCGGGCUACAGAUAGUGGAAAAGGCCACGGUAAAACCCUAACCCCACUUCUUUUCCAGACAAAGCAGCAGGAAAAGUGAAAAGCCAAAGGAAAUUUGUCUUUCGAGGAGAAGAGGAGAGGAGGAUAAGGGCAAGGGCAGAGGGAACCAAGUAAAAAUUAUCUGGUCCGCUUAGAGGGCAUGACAGCAAGAUGAAAGCGGAGGGGAUCCACUCGAGCAAGCGGCUCGGGAGGGACAAGAACGACGAGGGCGUUGGUGACCUCCGUCCAUGGCAAAACGCCUCUUCGAGAAUUAUUAGGGUUUCACGCGUCUCCGGAGGUAAGGACCGUCACAGCAAAGUUUGGACGGUGAAGGGGCUUCGAGAUCGCCGCGUGCGGCUCUCGGUCUCCACCGCCAUCCAGUUCUACGACCUCCAAGACCGUCUUGGCUAUGACCAGCCCAGCAAGGCUGUUGACUGGCUCAUCAAGGCCGCCGCCGACGCUAUUGUCGACCUCCCCGAACUCGUGGGCCCAUUUCCCGUGCCGCCGUCCAUGGAGCUUCCCGCUCGUUCCAUGCAGAGAGGCACAGCCGGCGAGAAGCACCUCUCGCAGUCCAAGUCCACGUGCAGCAGCGCAUCGGAGACGAGCAAGGGCUCGGUACUGUCUUUCUCUAGGUGCGAAGGAUUUGGAAAGGAGAAGGAGAAGGACCAGGAAGUGGCAUAUCAGCAUCAAAACCUGAACAAACAGAGCUCCUUCACUGAGCUUCUCACGGUCGGUGGGAGCAGCACCGGGAUCGCUGCAGAAGUAGUGGAUUUCAGUAGUGGUUUAAACCAGAAGCAAAUGAGGCCGCCACUGACCAAUUCCACUGCCGACUAUUUCAAGCAAGCUGGCAUCUUUGGGCAGACACCCAAAAUUCCGCAAUUUGAACCCGGUUACUCUUCACUUCUGCAUUUUGGAAACAACCCUCAUAUGGGAAUUGGGAUGAUGUCAUACAAUACAGGAGAGCAUCAGGACAUGCAGCAGUUUUCUCUCAUGCAGGAUCAUGCAAUUCCUGUGGCAGCGUUGGCGCCUGGGGGAGAUUAUAACCUCAAUGUCUCCAUUUCUUCUGGCGUUGCUGGAUUUAGUAGGGGGACCCUUCAGUCCAAUUCACCGCAUCACCACCAACUUGUCCACGGUGCAAACUUGCCCUUUUUUCUUAGUGCUACUCUUCCAAUUUCAGCAUCAGCGGGUUGUUCCUUGGAGAACCAAUUUCCUGGUAGUUUUAAUGGUCGUCUGCAACUUAGCUGUAACGAGGCACACAGGCACCCGGAACUGAAGGGUGAGAGGAAGGGUUGAAGUUUGCAAUUAUCCAAUAAUGUUCUGUUUGCUGAGCCGAAGACAAUCAGCUGGAAUUGGGGCAAUCAUCUUUCUGAUUAGACCUUUGAUGCCAUCAACUUCUUGACUCUUUUAACGAACUUUUAUUGACUAUGUUAGCCAAAUGUCUCUUAUUCUUGGUAUUGCUUGCUGUGUGAAAUGAUGUAAUCUUUUUGAAUUUUAGUUAUCCUUUUUUCAAAACUAUCACAUCUUUGAUCUUUGGCAUUAAUAGAUGUUUUUCGAUUAACUGCUAUAAGCUAUGUGGUGGACAUGGCUGCAAUGUUUCUGGAAGUUGAAACAUGCCAUGCUUUGCCAAACCAAUGGCCUUCAAAUA